AAGUGUGUAGCAGUCGAUGGGGAGUACUUUGAAGGGGACAAUAUCGAUUUUGGUGAAUAAUCUUGUAUUUUUAAUUUUCUGAAUAAGCUCCGGGAACUUUUUGAUCAAGAUGAUAUUAAAAAAACGAAUAGUACAUGUUUUGUUAUGUUUGUGAGCAGUUUUUUAUCCUAAUAUGACAAAACUUGUAGAUGACGUGGCCCCAAAAAUGAUGUUUAUCCGAAAAAAUAAAAUUUCGAAUUAUACUGUACAAUCUACAAUUUCACUCAAAAGAUACUGGCUUCUUCUCUCAAUUCGGAUAGUAUAUAGCCCCUUAAACGUUACAGGAUACACUGAUAAUUAAUUUUUCAUGAAUGCUCAUCCCUUUAAAGCAUGCACUUUUUCAUGGUCCCUUGCUAUCUGAUGGUAGAGUCCAGCUGUCCAUAAUUAUAAAAUAAAAACUCCACUUAAUUGCCAUUGAACACUUUACACGGACGGAUAGUAUAGUCAUAGUUCGCAGCCAUGUACGAAUUCAGAGGGAAAAAACAUAAACUUAUCAUGCCACCAGCUGCGACGUCGCGAAAUUAUCUUCAAGAAUCCAAACAGCUGGCCGAGGAGUUUUGCAACAAUACUUCAAUCCACGGAGUGAAAUAUUUCGUUGGUUCGAAACGGGCACUGAUCGAAAAAAUCUGGUGGAUCACAGUAUUCCUGCUGUCACUGUACGGCUGUGGAAGGCUCAUCUAUACCGUGUACAGGAAGUGGGAACACGAGCCCGUCAUUGUUACGUUUGCUCAAAGGCCGACACCGGUUUUUCAAAUUCCUUUUCCUGCUAUUACGAUUUGUCCGGAAACUAGAACGAAGAUGGAGGAGUUUAAUUUUACGAAAGCUUAUCACCUCACUUUGGACCCCGAAACGCGAAAUUCUGUUAGCGCAAGCGAUAAGAGAAAGCUGCAAGCGAUGCUGCAAAUCUGUGAGUUUGAGUUCAAUGAGCUACUUCUAAAUGAAACGUACGACGAUGACUGCGUCAAAAUUUUGAAGAACAUAUCGCUUCCUCAAAAGGAUAUUUUCGUUUACUGUGAAUGGCAUCAGUUGAACAUAAAUUGUACGGAAGACUUUACACUAGUCCUGACGGAUGUUGGAUACUGUUACAGUUACAACCUGAUGGCCAGUGGAGAUAUCUUGCGAGUGGAUCAACUUCAUCCAGAUUCCGAGUACAUUGCGGAAACACGGAGCUCUGACAAUUGGUCCCUGGAUAAUGGCUACAGACCGAGAACUGAUAUUAAUACCUACCCGCGACGUGCUCUCGGAGCUGGUAUCAAAGCCGGAGUGUUUGCUCUGUUGUCAGCCAAUGAAGAAGAUAUGGAUUAUCUUUGUAGUAAUUCCUUUCAAGGAUUCAAGGUGCUUCUGCAUAUGCCGAACGAAUAUCCUCAGCUGUUGAAUCAACAUUUCCGUGUUCCGUUGAACCAGGAAGUAGCCGUGUCGGUCACACCCACGAUGAUUGAAACUUCCGAUAGUAUCAAGUCGUAUAGACCUUCCCGUCGACAGUGCUUUUUCAGCAAUGAACGAUAUUUGAAGUAUUUUCGAGCAUACACUCAAUCCAAUUGCGAACUUGAAUGUUUGACCAAUUUCACCCUGCAACAAUGUGGAUGCGUCAAAUUAUCUAUGCCUAGAGCACCGAAUGUCAGCAUAUGCGGAAUAGGCCAGCAAGAAUGCUAUAACCGAGCGACAUCCGAACUUCUGGAGAUGGAGGUGAAGAUUCAAGAGGAGAGCCAAUUCAAACAGAUGGACGAAUGCAACUGUCUCCCUUCCUGCAGAGUGGUGCAGUACAAUACGGAAAUAUCACAGGCUACGUUCGAUUGGCAGAAGCUACUUUCGGUGUUUGAUUUGUCAGAAGGCAUGUUGAAUGGCUUUCAGGUGUCCCAUUUGCAAGUGUUCUUGAAAGAAGGUCAAUUCAUACCGAUCCAGCGCAACGAACUGUUUGGUUUGACGGAUUUCUUGGCCAACUGUGGUGGACUUCUUGGAUUGUUUAUGGGAGUCAGUAUUCUCAGUCUGGUGGAGAUUUUCUACUAUUGUGCUAUCAAACCGUUGGUUAUGUGGAGAAAGUCGAAAAAAGAAAGAAAUCGAGCAGUGCAUAUCCAACCCAAUGGAUAUGGUACCAAACAAUUAAAUAUUUUAAGAUAUGAUAAUCCAGCGAUUUCAGGCAAAUUUUAAAACAUUUUGACUACUAAACUAUUGUGACAGAUUGUAUGGUUUUGCUUUCGGUGUUAAAUGUUACCAUUAUUAUAAUUAAUAUUAAUCCUAAAUAGUCACAAUUUUUCAAUCAACAGCUCUAUUCAGCAGACUUACCAUAACAUAUUUUUGUCUCAUUCGCAUUCAAAGCAAUAAUUCAAAAAUAAAGUAAUUUCAUUACUCGCAUUGAUCAAAACCAGUUUUAAGCCACCUGAUGCCUUUCUCAUGAUCGUCAAUAUGAGAAACUAAUGCAAGAUUCAUUUUAGAAUCCGAAAAAUCGGGGUCCAGUUUUGCAAAAUCCGGUUCGUUUGGUCAUCAAUUAACAAGAUUUUAGCAUAGUUUUGAAAAUCGGAGUUUCAAAAAAUUCCC